CCUCAGCAGUGCUCAGUAAAGACAGAUAGAGAGUCAGGCGGCUGCAAGGGGUGGCAGUACGACCCUCUUUUGGGGGGGUCUGAUUAUAACAAAAAUAUAUACACACAUAUAUGCAUGCCCGGGCCGCUAGCUAGCUCAUAUGACGAUCAUAGGUCUUUUUAGUAAGCAUAUAGCUUAAUAUCUAUACAUUUAAAAUGCCUAUUUUACUUUUCCUGAUAGACACGUCCGCCUCUAUGAAUCAGCGCACUUAUUUGGGUACGACGUAUCUGGACAUUGCUAAAGGCGCGGUUGAGAUCUUUAUGAAGCUGCGUGCCCGAGACCCGGCUAGUAGAGGCGACAGGUACAUGCUAGUUACAUUUGAUGAUCCACCAUACGGAGUUAAGGCGGGAUGGAGAGAGAACCACGCCACGUUCAUGAGCGAGCUGAAGAACCUGCAGGCGUCUGGGCUCACCACCAUGGGUCAGGCCCUGCGCUCCGCCUUCGACCUGCUCAACCUCAACAGGCUGGCGUCUGGCAUCGACAACUACGGCCAGGGCCGUAAUCCUUUCUUCCUGGAGCCAGCGGUGAUCAUCACAAUCACAGAUGGGAACAAACUGACGCACAGCUCAGGUGUAUCUGACGAGCUGCACCUCCCUCUGAACUCGCCGCUCCCGGGCAGUGAGCUGACCAAGGAGCCGUUCCGCUGGGACCAGCGCCUCUUCGCUCUGGUCCUCCGUAUGCCCGGUGCCGCCAUGCCGGAGAACGAGCAGCUGGGCAGCGUCCCCACCGAUGAGUCGGCCAUUACGCAGAUGUGUGAAGUUACUGGAGGCCGUUCCUACUGUGUUCGCACUCAGAGAAUGCUCAACCAGUGUCUGGAGUCUCUGGUGCAGAAGGUUCUGAGCGGUGUGGUGAUUAAUUUUGAGAAGACGGGGCCGGACCCCCCUAUGCUGGGAGAAGAUGGGCAGGUUGAUCCGACCCGGUCCGUGUCGUCCUUCAGUCCACAGCCCUGGCACAGCUGCCACAAGCUCAUCUACGUGCGUCCCAAUCCCAAGACGGGGGUGCCCGUGGGCCACUGGCCCAUCCCCGAGUCCUUCUGGCCCGACCAGAACUCGCCCACUCUGCCGCCCCGCUCUGCCCACCCGGUGGUGCGCUUCUCCUGCGUGGACUGUGAGCCCAUGGUGAUCGACAAGCUGCCCUUCGACAAGUACGAGCUGGAGCCCUCGCCCCUCACGCAGUACAUCCUGGAGAGGAAGUCACCGCACAUGUGCUGGCAGGUGUUUGUGAACUGCAGUGGGAAGCACAGCGAGCUGGCUCACCCGUUUGGUUACCUGAAAGCGAGCACCACGCUCACCUGUGUCAACCUCUUCGUCAUGCCUUACAACUACCCUGUCCUGUUGCCUCUGCUUGACGACCUGUUUAAAGUGCACAAGCUGAAGCCAAACCUAAAAUGGCGACAGGCCUUUGAGAUCUACCUGAAGUCCAUGCCACCAUAUUUCCUACUGCCCUUGAAGAAGGCACUGAGGAUGAUGGGAGCUCCGAAUCUAAUCUCCGACAACAUGGACUGUGGCCUGAGCUACAGCGUCAUCUCCUACCUGAAGAAGCUCAGCCAACAGGCCAAAAUCGAGUCAGACCGUCUGAUUGCGUCUGUGGGCAAGAAGCCCCCUCAGGAAACGGGCAUCAAGGUGAAGAACCACUCCAGUGCCCUGUCGCUGGCGCACCGCCGGGACUUCAAGCAGCUGCUCCAGGGGAUCACCGGGGAGAUGCCGCUACGGCUCGCCGACAUCAACUUCAAAGAGUUCGCUGGCUUCCAGAUCGCACUGCUCAACAAGGAUCUGAAGCCCCAGGCCUAUCGGAAUGCCUAUGACAUUCCAAGACGGAACCUUCUGGAUCAGGUGACCCGCAUGCGCUCCAACCUUCUGAGGACAACCCAGAAGCUCAUUAGGGGACAGGAUGAAGACUACCUGCACAGCAUCCCAGUGGGCCAGAUGGGCAACUAUCAGGAGUACCUGAAGAUGAUGCCCUCGCCGCUGCGGGAGAUCGACCCUGACCAGCCCAAGCGCCUGCACACGUUUGGGAACCCCUUCAAGCAGGAUAAGAAGGGCAUGAUGAUCGACGAGGCCGACGAGUUUGUGACGGGCCCCCAAAACAAGAAGCGGGGCAACUCGGGGGACCCCAACUCGGGCGCGGCCCCCAAGCGGCGGAGGAGCAUGUCGCCGCUACUGCGGCGGCCGCAGACUCCGCCCAUCAUCACCAACCACGUGGUGAACAAAGGAGCGCCCGGAGCCCAGGGCCAGCAGGGCCUCAUCAAGCCAAUCCCACUGCUCAAAGGAGUGGAGGGGAAUAGUGUCCUAGGAACAGAGAGCAAUGGAGACCGAGGACCAGGUACAGAGGCCAAUGACGGCUGGCCUGGAGGGGUGGAUGGCAGUCCUGCAGGCAUCUCAUUGGAUGAGAGGGAAGGGGGAGGCCUGAGUGACAGCAGCGAGGACCAGUCCGGGAUGGACGAGUGUCUCAGCGAGGACGGCCUGGACGAGAGGCCGUUGGACGGCCAGGAGAACUGCGAGGGCCUGAGUCCUCCCGGCCAGGAGGGGGUGACCGACGGGACCGUAGGGGAGAGCACCCCCGGGACGGUCAUCAUGAUCCCACUGGAGGGCAGCAACGCCGAGCUGCGCUCACGGGUCAUCAAGGAGGUCCGCAAGCCUGGUCGCAACUAUGAGACUAUCUUCAGACUACUGGAGGAGGUGAAAGGGCCGGUGUCUGUGCAGAGGUACUUCAUCCACCACGCCAUCAAAGAGGCUGCCAGGUUUAAGAAGCGGGUGCUGAUCCAGCAGCUGGAGACGGCUCUGGAGGAGAUGGAGGAGAAGCAGAUGCUGCCGCAGAGGGUCAACAACAACAUCCACGGCAGAUAGUGUCACCACCUGUCCCCACUGACCGCAGACAAAGAGAAAGAAGAGAUGGAAAGAUACACACACACGCACGCAAAACAGAAGGCACGGGAAGAGAGAGAAGGGGCCACACCGACACACACACACACACACACACGCACGCACACACACACACACACACACACACACACACACACACACACACACACACACACACACACACACACACACACACACACACACACACACACACACACACACACACACACACACACACACCAACUGACCCUGAUGAGGAGAAAAGACUGACCAAUCAGCAGCUCCCUCAGGGCACAGCUGAGCCCAAGGAAAGGGGAGACAUGGGAUAUGGGAGACACAGGAGGAUGACAAGAUCCAGAUUUUUUUUUUUUUUUUUUUUUUUUUAAGACAAAGGUCACGCUAGUUUGAGUGUUCUUUUUUUUGGAAAGGGGGGGGGGCUGUUCUGAAAGUCAUGAGACAUUAAAUCAAGACUCACAGCUACUGUAGUCUGUUUCUGAACCAGCUGACCACGCCGACACCGCAUCUACAGAUACACGGACAAAAAACACACACUCCAGAGAGUAAGCAUGAUGCGCAGUGUCUGCGAAGCUUCUAAGAAGCCACGGGUCAGGGCUGGAGAUUUUUGUUACAUGAAGCGUAACCUUCAUGCAGGUGAAAGAUUGGAAAUGUCAGAAUGCCAGAUGUAGUGUAGUACGAUUCCUGUCGUUUUUAAACAAGCCACAGGUUUAUAGACCAAGGGGUAACUAUUGGCCACCCAACAGCUGAUGUGUUCUACACCACUACACAGCAAUAAUCAGAAUGGCAUCAUUUGCUGAGGGAGUUCAACUUAACUUCCUGAAUUGACACCACUUGAAAUUCAGUGUGGCUGCAAGCUUACAAAGUAGGGGGAGCAACUAGCUGGUUCAAUUAACAAUCUGAGGCCCACAUGAAAAGUCUACCUCAGUCUGAAAUGUGGAGUUCACUUUUCUGUGCUCUGGGAUAGGGUGUGAUUGAUCCUGCACGUACAAAUGUCUAUUGAUGAAAGUGGAGGACGUUAAUAUGGCCGUUGCUUGUCGACAACCUCCUCACAUGCAAGCAGUCCUUUAAGCAAUAGUCUCUGAAGAACACUGGCUCUACAAUGAGGUUCAGCACUUAAAACAGGCUGGUAGAUGUCCAUGAGGACUAGGAGGGGGUGGGGGGGUGGGGGGCACGUGUUUGGUUAAGGCCUGGCCCACGUUGUGUUCGGGUCCACAGAACUUUCAUUGUCCUGCCUCAGAAAGUGUGUGGUGGUCCAAAAUCUCUGCAGCCCCAUCAUACGUCACCUGUUCCUUGUGGGGUAGCUGCAAAGGCCUUCAUUUGGCAGUUCAGAGUAACUUGUUGGAGGCCAUCAUACAGUAAACUCCCAGUUGUUGUUCCUUGAGUUUGUUUUUUUGAAUAGCAGAUGUAUACUACUUUUAAAUGUUCAUAAAUAAAAUAUAGAUUAUUUUUGGAUGGUAUUCUUACCAGAACCUAAAAAUGAGAAUAUUUUAAAAGUUGUAUAAAACAUUUUGUAAACUGUUAUUAUAUAUAAAAAUCUGAAAAUUUUAUGAUUUUUUUAAGAAACAACAAAAUAAACAUGACAAAGUUCA